CACUUUUUGACGGGUGGGAAGAGAGGACAUUUUGUACUUAUCGGUUAUCUUUUAAGAAUUCCAACGAGUUGACGCUGUAGGGUGACCGUUGUUGUUUUUUUAUGUUUUUCUUGGAGCGUAUGCCGAGAGAGAGAGAGAGGGAAAGAGAGAGAGAGAGAGAGAGAGAGAGAGAGAGAGAGAGAGAGAGAGAGAGAGAGAGAGAGAGAGAGAGCGAGAGAGAGAGAGAGAGAGCGAGAGAGCGAGCGAAAGCAGCCUGCUGUCAAUGCAGCUUCACGUCUGUCUAACUGACAGCUAACUUUGGGCUCGUUGAACAAUACAGCGGUUCGCUGUACGGUCAGGGGUGGGGGAAAGCACCACGGUGUGUGGGGAAUUCAUUUAUUUUUUGGUAGCCGACUGCUUUGAAAGAGGAAACGCGGGACUGCAUCAAGAUGGUCACUUUGUCAUCAGUAAUUCGACCUCUGACUUCUCAGCUUCACCGACAGCUCUUGAGACACACCAGGCUGAGUCAGUGGCUCACUCACGUCCGUGGAUGUAAUCUAACAGCCUGCUCCAGCAGAUAUGUGUUGUCGCAAAUGCAUCCCAUGUGGCAGGGCCCCCUGGCAGUUCCCGGAGGUGACCGCCAGUCUCCCAUUGAUAUUGUCGUCCGCAAGAGCGUCUUUGAUUCCCAGCUGAAACAUUUGAUCGCUGACUAUGACCCAACAACUUGCCAGCAAAUCUGGAAUAAUGGUUACUCCUUCUUGGUUGAAUAUGAUGACACGACGGACAAGUCAACUUUGAAAGGGGGCCCUUUGCAAGACAAAUUUAGGCUGUGCCAGUUCCACUUCCACUGGGGCGAGAGCAACGCCUGGGGGUCAGAGCACACUGUGGACAGGAGGUUAUUUCCUGCAGAGCUUCACUUGGUCCACUGGAACUCAGAUAAGUACAGUCUGUUUGAGGAGGCAGUGAUGGAGGACAAUGGCCUGGCGGUUAUUGGAGUCUUUCUCAAGGUGGGGAAGAGACACGAUGGCCUGCAGAAACUGGUCGAUGCUCUCCCUGCAAUCAGACACAAGGGAAGUGUGGUCGAGUUUACGAAAUUUGACGCUGGCUGCCUGUUGCCAAACAACACUGAGGAUUACUGGACGUACCAUGGCUCUCUUACAACGCCGCCUCUGACAGAGUCUGUCACCUGGAUCGUCAUGAAGCAGCCCAUAGAAGUUAGCCAUGAUCAGCUGGCUGUCUUCCGGAGCCUUCUGUUCACCUCGGCCGAGGAGGAGGUCCAGAAGAGCAUGGUGAACAAUUUCCGUGUGCAGCAGCCCUUGCGAGGUCGCACCGUGCGCUCAUCCUUCAGUCCCUUCCUCAAGGAGUCACCAUCUGACCAAGAUGACCAGCACACUCACUGAUGCCACCAAGUGCUCUACUCUGCAUUACUCUGCAUCCUGUUACAGUCGGCGCACCAAAACAAGUGUAUUUUCUUUAAAAAAAAAAGUAUUUAAAAGUAAAAUGCCAUUUAUAUUGUGCAUAUUGGUUUUACAAACUAACUGUAGUUUGACCGAUUUCUAGUCACAUAAAUUAUAUUUAUUUCAAAUUGACAAUUUGAUUUAUUGUGUAGGAGGUUCUGUCCAUCGGCAGCUGAAGACUCAAGAGCACUGUGUGCUGGCCACAGUCGGUAUAACAGAAAAUCCCACCUUUUUGCACCACUGACAGGCUUUGCAUCUUAUUUUUACUGAGUCUUUUUUUUUCCUUACACUGUCUGUGACAAGCACCCCCAUACAACAAAUUUGUCAAGCAACAUUAAUUAGCCCUUAAUUGGAUACAUUUACACAAGCCAGGUGUUUAUGUGAAUAUUUUUUUAUGGUAAAAAGAUAAUUUAGUCCAGUGCCUUAAAUUCAUGUUGAGCGGACUUCCACAGUUUAUGAUGAGAGGGACUCAAAUUGCCCUUCUACUGUGAGAUAUUUGAAAAGAAGGAGUCUGAAAUGACCUUACUUUGUUCACAAGUCUUGUGUUUACGUCUACUGCCACAUUCAUUGUGAUAGUUUCCCCCCCCACUCAAGGCCUAGUCAAGUGUCAUGAAAAGGAAGAAGCACCCCCUUCCCUGUGUAGUCACAGUACUUUAUGAUGUGUUUGUGCCUCUUCACAAUUUUGCCAAAGCUGAAGCAGCUUUCAUUGAAACGAGAUCAACCGACUCUCAAUAAUAUCCAUCAAUUAUGCCUUGAAGGGUCAAUCUUACUAUGCAACAUUCGGCCAAGAGGGACGCCUUUUGAGACACCACGUAGACAAAAACGCAGCAAGGCACAUGAUAAAAUGAAGGUCAGAGGGGACUCGGGAUGAAGCGAAAUGAUUCUACUUGAUGAGUGUAUCUGACUGUGAUAGUAAGCGAUGGCCACUAUUCAUCUUCAUUUGAGAAGAAGAAAGGCUGAGCACUCACGCUUGUCAUUUUAAUCCCAAUGUAACAAUAUUAUUGCGCAUACUGACCCCACUCCCCUCUUGAAGUAGGCUUUUCUCUCAUGAUGUCAGACACCCGCCCUGAGCCAUCUCCCCAGUUGGUCCUUGUUGUUGCCCAAGUGGACUGGAUGUGGAAUGAAAAGACAUAAUACUUGCAAGUGAAAUGAACAGGUUGCGUAGACAACACACGAACCAGGAGGAGCAGGUCAUGGGUGGAGGUGGUCCGUUUUGAUAUCGCUUGCUGGCCAUAAUAUGGAAAACAGUUGGUUUCUAUGUUAUUGUUGGUGUUUUUCCAUCGAAUGCAACACAACGCUGCCUUCAUCACGUGUUUCACAGAUGCAUUUGACUGCACAUUAUCUGCCUUCAUGUAUCAUGGCAUUUUAUGAUGUGAAACUUCAUUGAUUCCUAUCGGAAUGCUAUGAAUAUAAACAUCCAUUCAUUAUCUGAACCGCGUAUGCCCAUGAGGGUCGCGGGCGUGCUGGAGCCUAUCCCAGCUGUCCUCAACCAGUAGGCGGGGUACAAAGUCAAUAUCAAUUUCAUAUAGCUUCCUUUUUUACAAUCAGUAUUUAUUCACUGAUGAUUUCAAUGUACUGGCCAUUUUGUCUCUGUCGGCCGACAUGUUAUGAGUAUCUCUGCUUGUGUGUCUCUGACUUUUUUUAGCACUCUAUCAAUGAAUCUGACAUUAUGACAUGCGUUAUUUUUACAAAUCAAUUGCUAUUAUUAUGCUUGUUUUCAUUGUGUCUUUUAUCAUCUGCAGCCCCUUGCAAAGCGUUUCAUAGACUGUCCAAGGAUAUGUACGUUGCACACUUUCUAUAUGCACUACAUAUUCGGACUGCUUAUUUGUUCAUGGGGCAGUCAACAUUCCUGGAGAGCGGGGACUCAUCAAAGUCUGUCCUCUCACAGCAUGUCUUUUUGGAUAGCUUGUUGUCCUGCCGUGCGACCGGGAACAGUUUUGCUCCUCAAGACCUUUGAUUUUAAAGGAAUGUAUAAAAACAUGUUAAUUGUCCAGAUGGAAAUGGGCGGAAACUGACAUUCAUUCGUGUCAUAGCAAUAAAAUGGUGUUUAAUGCAAUAAAAACUCUGUCUGAUUUUGUGUGUGUGUGUGUAUGUGUGUGUGUGUGUGUGUGUGUGUGUGUGUUUGCGCGUACUCUGAUUACAAACCAGUGCCGCGGUUUUAAUUGUACAGUACAUGAUAGUGACCAAUGUAGACACACAGGGUCAAAAUUAUGAGUACCCUUGCUAAAGAAAAGACAAUCUACAACAGUCCUUGAAAUAACAUAAAACUGUUAAAAGUAAUAAAUGAACAUUUACUGAGAAUGAGCUCAUGAAAAACUGCGCAGAUGGUAUGUUGAAACUCCUUCCACAAUUAUACAACGGGAUGAAGAUUGGGGCUCAGAUUAAGCCAAUGCUCUGUACUUAGUCAUUCGUAGGUGUUUUUCCACUGUGUGCUUUGUGUCAUGAUGACCCACGGCCUUCAGCUGAAGCCAAACCUCCUUGUAGCAUAUGGCCGUUUACCAUACUGCUACACGAUGUCACGGCAGUGUCGUAAAGCAUUGGUUGGUUGAGUGACGACUCGCACCUGUUACGUCAGUUGAAUAAAGACCUUUGAAAAAGUAA